AUGACCAUGUUUUUGGGGCUUCAGUUCAAACAGUGUUCAGCCCGGAUCCUUAUUCAUCAAGCCAAAUAUGUGGACGAUAUGCUCGUGAAGUUCGGGUUCAGAGACGCUAAAACUGCUUUGAUGCCCAUGGCGGAGAGACCACUGCUAACUCCUGAUCUUGAAGGAGAAUCCGUAGAUCAAACGUACUACAUAUCGAUGAUUGGAUCAAUAAUCCCGAAAUUGGGUCUUUGGUAUCUAAAAAAUUAUGAAUUUGACCUUUACGCUUUUGCAGACAGCAAUUAUGGUGGUUGCGAGCUUGACAGGAAAUCGACAUCAGGCGGAUAUCAAUUUCUUGGAGAUAGGUUGGUGUCUUGGCAAUGCAAGAAGCAACAUACUGUUUCGACCUCAACAGCAGAAGCAGAAUACAUCAACAUGGGAGAUCUUGAGUUUGCAAAGGUGCACAAUUCAGCCAUUUUUCUAGAAGAUCCUCCGGCUGCCCACAAUGAUCUCAAAUUCAUCGUUGAUGGGCUAAGAAAAUGA